GUCUCGAACAUCAAGACCCGAAAACGACGAACGCCCCGCUGCCGCAGGGCUUGGCCAUCUGCGUUGGGGAUUCUGCCUUCAUCCAGAUUCUUGGAAUCUCAAGUGGAGAAAAUCACAUCUUUAAUCUACACCACCUAUGAAUAGCCGUGGGAUUCAAUUUGGGCAGUUUUCGGCGCCGCUGCUCCGGAUUAUCAGAUGAACGGCGUCAACUCUGAUCAAGAUCGCAUCCAACAUCAGACGGGAUGCCAUCUCACAAUUCAAACGGGAUUCCACGCCACAAAGGAACAAUAGGAAAAGUGAGCCAAGAAUCAGGAGCCUCGACUGGCCCGCGUCGUACAGACGGUUCGGAUCCGGGACCCGCUGUGCAACGGCGCAAGCCUUGGCUACCCAAAUAUAGCUCUCCGGCAUCUUUGCAGAUUAUUUUCCCUUUCCAACUGCUCUGGCCCCAGUAUGUAAUGAGGAUGGUGCAGCUCUUCUCGAUGAAAGCAAGGCUCUUGAGUCACAAAUCGUGGGUUUGGAUCAAGGCAUUCCCGCUGCUCUCCUGCUGGAACAGGUACAUACGUCGGAUUCCGACACCUCCCGCUCUGACUAGGAAACACAUGUCCCGCAACCUGCAACUGUCUCCAUGUCCUCUGCUACAUAUCGGACAUCUCCGGCCAGGCCAGUCGCUACAACAUGUGCUUGGUUUAUUUAUGUGUAUGUAUUGUAUGUCCACUCACUUCCUCGCUGCAAGGGGGAGGUUAAUCCUUGAGCCUAUUGAUCCUUUGGGCACUUUGUGGUUGGUUACCUUACCUACAGGAACCUACCGCGCCGCUGUCCCAGUAGCUCGGAUUUUCUUAGGCACCUACUCCGUACAUUGACCAACAAUUUACCGUGCCGCAUACCGAGUUGUAUAUCCGUACCUCAUCUUCCUAGUUCCUACAACGGCGCAGGCGACUCCACCAGCAAGAUCGGUGAAUCUUACCAUAAUGGGCCAAUUGGCCAGAGCUUGCGUUGAAUACCUUAGCAUGGUGGUGCAGACACUCGGUGGCUCUUAGGGUUCGGAUCGUCAAAAGUAUCGUCUGAUGGCUUGACCUGCAGCAGUACUACCUGAGCACAUACGACAAGGGCAAGGGCGAGUCCAGAUGGCAGAACGAACGAUACC